AUGACGAUGAUAAGCCUAUGGAAGCUCCAGUUGGCCCAUUUCUCCGUCAAGGAAUAUUUGACGUCUGGCCGGCAUGACAAAGACAUUGGCCAAAUCUUUCGGGACGAGGUUGCUGAAGCGUCAAUUGCAACUGUGUGUAUUGCAUAUUUGUUGCAUUUAGACCAGGAUAUUCCGAUACGUCAGAUCAGGGAGGCUUUUCCUUUGGCAGAGUAUUCGGCAAGGUACUGGAUGAGCCAUGCUGCAGUGGCUGAAGCAAGGACACAAAACUGCAACGUUUGUAUCGAGAAAUUCUUCUGCCACCACAAAAGUUCAUAUAAGAACUGCUACAGCCUCUAUCGUCCAGAUACCCUUUUCCUGUUACCGGGAGACUACUCAAGAAUGGAACCAGCUCCUGCGUUGUAUUACGCAUCAUUUGGAGGGUUGGCAAACGCGGUACAAUACCUGCUUAGUCGAGGCGCCAAUGUCAAGGCGCAAGGUGGAAGUUACGGCACCGCGCUUCAUGCCGCUUCACACAGAGGACACGAGGCCGUCGUCAAGCUGCUGCUUGACAGGGGCGCCGACGUGGAGGCGAAGGGCUGUGCAUGUGGUCAGACGCCGCUCUCGCGGGCCGCCGAGAGGGGGCACGAGGCCGUCGUCAAGCUGCUGCUCGAUAAGGGCGCCGACGCUGAGGCGAAGGAUGAUUAUGGUCAGACGCCGCUCUCGUGGGCCGGCCUGGUCGAAGGCGAAGAUGCAACCGGUCAUCAGACGCCGCUCUCGUUGGCCGCCUGGAACGGACACGAGGCCGUCGUCAAGCUGCUGCUCGACAAGGGCGCCGACGUCGAGGCGAAGGAUGAGUACGGUCGGACGCCGCUCUCGUUGGCCGCCUGGAACGGACACGAGGCCGUCGUCGAGCUGCUGCUCGACAGGGGCGCCGACGUCGAGGCGAAGGAUGAGUACGGUCGGACGCCACUCUCGUUGGCCGCCAAGAACGGGCACGAGGCCGCCGUCGAGCUGCUGAUCGCCAGCUUUGGCGUUGACCCCUACGUUACAGAUGGCGCUGGCACAACGCUACUAUCGUGGGCCAUGCAGACCGGUGUGACACCACUCUUUUGGGCCGCUGAGAAGGGGCAAGAGGCCAUCGUCAAGCUGCUGCUCGAGGACGCCGAUGUCGAGGCCGCCGUCGAGCUGCUGCUCGACAGGGGCGCCGACGUCGACGCGAAGGAUGAGUACGGUCAGACGCCGCUCUCAUUGGCCGCCGAGAACGGACACGAGGCCAUAGUCAAGCUGCUGCAAUCGAAAUCUCGAUAA